GGCGAACUUUAUCGAUGAUGGAUCAGUGUCAGUUAGUUCAACUGCCACCGGAGAAAACGACAAAUUGCUUCAUUUUAAGUUCUGCUCCGGCGGAUCUUCCAAGGCCAGUUCUUUCUCAUCUGAAUCUGAGCGAGCAUGAAAUCUGCAGCUGAUGCUCGCUUUUCCUCCCAAUUCUCAAGCUGCAUUCCCCUCGACGCCCUUCCGACUUCAGUUUCGAUCGUCUGAAGAUGGAGAUUCCGCUGUCGAGGUACCAAAGCUUGUCGCUUGAUCAACUCACCACCCGUAAAUCUAGUUUCCUUUUCCACCCACUAGACGUCAAGAGGGCCUUCAAUAGGAGAUCUUUGCUGUCCGGUUAUUCUUUCUCGGUGAGUCGUCGGAAAUGGGGGACAGUCAGGUGCUCGUCUUCUGUAGAACAAGGCUUACGUCCCCGCCCGAAGCAGACCCCCGCGAGGAACGGCCCCAGUUUGGGGGAAGAAACCAAGCCACAGGAUGAUACACGUAGUGGAAGAACUAGUCCACGGAUAUGCAGUCAGAUAGAGAAGCUAGUUCUUUACAAGAGGUACCAUGAGGCGCUCGAGUUGUUCGAGAUUUUGGAGGUUGAGGGAGAUCUCGAGGUGCCCGCGAGCACGUACGAUGCGCUUGUGAGCGUGUGCAUUGGGUUGAAAUCGGUAAGAGCUGUUAAGAGGGUGUCUAAUUAUAUGACUAAUAACGGGUUUGAGCAGGAUCAGUAUAUUAGGAACAGGGUGCUGCUCAUGCACGUGAAAUGCGGGAUGAUGCUCGAUGCCCGAAGACUGUUCGAUGAAAUGCCCGAGAAGAACUUAGUCUCGUGGAACACGAUUGUAGCGGGGCUUGUUGAUUCGGGGGAUUACGUGGAGGCGGUUGGGUUGUUCUUAACGAUGUGGGAGGAGUUCUCAGAAGGCGAGUCCCGCUUGUUCGCGACCAUGAUCCGGGCUUCCGCUGGUUUAGGGCUCAUCUCCCUGGGGAAGCAGUUGCAUUCUUGUGCACUGAAGAUGGGUGUCGGUGAGGAUAUUUUCGUGUCUUGCACUCUGAUUGACAUGUACAGUAAGUGCGGAAGCAUCGAAGAUGCUCAAUUCGUGUUUGAUGAUAUGCCCGACAAGACUACAGUUGGAUGGAAUUCGAUCAUUGCCGGGUAUGCCCUGCACGGUUAUUCUGAAGAAGCCUUGAGUAUGUAUUACGAGAUGCGCGAUUCAGGUGGUAAAAUGGACCACUUUACGUUUUCCAUUGUUGUGAGGAUCUGUACAAGGUUGGCUUCCCUAGAACAUGCUAAGCAAGCCCAUGCGGGACUAAUCCGUAAUGGGUUCGGGUUGGAUAUAGUGGCAAACACGGCUCUCGUGGACUUUUACAGCAAGUGGGGAAGGGUCGAAGAUGCUCGACACGUAUUUGAUGAUAUGCCUAAGAAGAAUGUGAUCUCAUGGAAUGCGCUGAUCCAAGGAUAUGGGAACCACGGCAGAGGACAGGAGGCUGUGGAGGUAUUCGAGCAGAUGAUAAGUCGAGGAAUGGCACCGAAUCACGUGACUUUUCUUGCAGUUCUAUCUGCAUGUAGCCGGUCGGGAUUAUCGGAACAUGGGUGGGAGAUAUUUCAGUCGAUGAGCGGAGACCACAAGGUCAAGCCGCGUCCCAUGCAUUUUGCGUGCAUGAUCGAGCUAUUGGGCCGAGAAGGGCUCUUAGAUGAGGCCUUUGCACUCAUAAGGGGCGCCCCGUUCAAGCCCACAGUGAACAUGUGGGCUGCCCUGCUCACAGCUUGCAGGGUCCACGAGAACUUUGAGCUCGGAAAAUUGGCGGCGGAGAAGCUGUACGGAAUGGAGCCGGAGAAGCUGAGCAACUACAUCGUGCUCCUUAACAUAUACAAUAGCUCGGGCAAUACUAAAGAAGCUGCUGAAGUGGUCCACACAUUGAGAAAGAAGGGUCUUACAAUGCGCCCUGCUUGCACUUGGAUCGACAUCAAUCGGAGCUCGCAUGUGUUCCUCUCUGGGGAUAAGUCCCAUGCCCAAACGGAGGAGAUCUUUCAGAAGGUAGAAAGUUUGAUGGCCAAGAUUUCGAGGCACGGAUACGUUCCUCAGGAGAGGCACCUGCUUCCUGAUGUCGAUGAGAGGGAGGUUCGAUUUCCCUUCCACCACAGCGAGAAGCUAGCGAUUGCUUUCGGGCUUAUAAACACUCCCGAGUGGACGCCUCUGCAAUUGGUGCAGUCCCAUCGGAUCUGCAACGACUGUCACAAUGCGAUCAAGCUGAUAACCGUGGUCACCGGAAGGGAGAUUGUUGUGAGGGAUGGGAGUAGAUUCCACCACUUCGUAGGCGGGAAGUGCUCUUGUGGGGACUACUGGUGAGGCGGGAGGGUAAAACCUUUUCUAUACUUGGGCUUCGAUUUCGAUUUUGAAUUCAGAUUAAUUAAUGAUGAGUUUCUGAAAUUUGUUCAAGCUCUGGGAAUAAAUCUAAUCAAAUGAAGCAGUACUGACAGAGGUGAAAGAGGGAUUUUGAUCUGCUGCUCAAAUUCCAUGAGCUGAAGGAUUGUUUGUUGCUCGAAAUUGAACGAGAAAAAUGAUGUAAUUACAUAGUAAUUAAAAAGAAAAUAAUAAUAUCACAAAUCUUUUUCUUUCUUUCUUAA